CAUGUCAACGCUCAAGGGUUAGGAUCAUAAUUUAUUUGAAAUCUCUGCUUGGGCGUUCGUAGUCCGUGGUGUUUACGGUUGGGUAAAAUCAAAGGAUUGAGCAAAUGAUGUUUCAAUCAUAAUGCAAUUACAUUUCCAUCAUCAGAAUAAUUCGAAUUAAUUUGAUAACCGCCUGUGAACGAUGGAUUUUCAAAACCGACCCGGCGGCAAGACUGGAGGUGGUGGGGUUGCUUCAUGGUCAGAAAGUAACCGUGACCGAAGAGAACGCCUCCGGCAACUUGCCUUAGAGACUAUUGAUCUGAACAAAGAUCCCUAUUUUAUGAAAAAUCAUUUGGGCUCAUAUGAAUGUAAACUGUGUCUAACGCUCCAUAAUAAUGAAGGUAGCUACUUGGCACAUACUCAGGGUAAAAAACAUCAGGCUAACUUAGCCAGGAGAGCUGCAAAGGAAGCUAAAGAAGCCCCACAAACGCUUGCACCAGAGAAACCAAGGGUAGAGCCCAAGAAAUUUGUGAAAAUUGGACGUCCUGGUUACAGAGUAACCAAGCAAAGAGAUCCAGAGUCUGGUCAACAGAGUUUACUUUUCCAAGUUGACUACCCAGAAGUUGCUGACAAUAUAAUACCAAGACACAGGUUCAUGUCUGCAUAUGAACAGCGGGUUGAACCGCCAGAUCGUAAAUGGCAGUACCUUCUUUUUGCUGCUGAACCUUACGAAACUAUUGCUUUCAAGGUUCCCAGCAGAGAGGUGGAAAAGGCUGAGGGAAAAUUCUGGACGCAUUGGAACAAGGACACGAAGCAAUUUUUCCUUCAAUUUGCGUUCAAAAACGAAAAACCAUCGAUAGGCAAAGUCCCACCUCCCCCUGUGCCCUUAAUACGUCCUGGAAUGGGACCACCAAUGAUGCCUGUCCCACCACCUCCUAGACCACCAAUGUUUAACCCUGUUCCGCCACCCCCUGCAUUACUGGCGGGAAUGCAAAUCCCACCACCUCCUCCCCAUUUGAACUAAAAUAAUCAUGUAUUCACAAUACCGUUUUAUUAAUAAACUUCAAUUUGAAUCUGUG